CCGGUUUGUAACUAAUAUCUUUCUUUUGCCUCUAAUAUAAAUGUUGUUUUCGAUGAAAUGCACUAGUUUACUUCAUGAUUGAACGUCGGUCCGACAACAGGUGCCCAAAGUGUAAAAACAAAUACCGUAUCGUACAAAGUGAUGGCCAAUCGCCGCUGAAGACAUGUCCGGAACGGAGUAGCGCGUGUUGCAACGGUUGGUGGUAAUUGGUGGAUUGUUUUGUUUUAUGGCAACUUGUUGCGGAAAUAAUAGUUUACGAGAAGUGUACGGUUACGUUGAGUGCCAAUGUGACAAAAAAUAUAAAACACAAAUACGGUCAAUUCGUGCAAUGUCGGCUAGCACCAAUAAUAUGCCAUUCAGUGUUCGUUUGAUCAGCUUUGCCCUGUGUAUGCUGACCACAAUUGCUGAUCCCGUUCCGGAGCCAGAUCCUGCCAGAGUGCUGGGAAAAUACUUAGUAGCUUAUCGUCCAUCGGAUGGAGAAUAUCAGCUGACGAAACAACCGCUGGAUUUAUCAAACAUCGCUAAUAGUGAUGACUUCUAUCCGGAUAUGUUAGCCAACCAGGGUGACAGUAUGACAUCCCCUUCUGGAUCCGGCAUGACAGGAUAUAUGACCAGAUAUACAACCUCAACUAAACACGGCAGCAAGGUUGGGAAUUUCGCCUCGGAAGUGAGUUAUGCCGAGGCCGAUAAUAAGCACGCAUACGGUAGCAGCAGCAAUAUGGUAUACUACAAAAGAAAGCCAAUUAUUCCGAUGUUGCAGUCGUACAGCAUUAUACAUUCCUCGAAUCAGAACGUCGUCUCCGAAGGGCAUGACAACGAUAGUAACGAUAUCGAUGAUAAUGACGAUAAUUAUUUUCCAACUAGCUUCCAACCCCCGAACGUGAUACACACUAAGGCGAAGGUUGUCCCCAUAAGCCAGCAUAUCGAGGUGGAAAGCCCAAUGCCUGUGCCGUAUGUUAAAAAGAUUCACGUCCCCGUCCCGAAGGGGGUGAAGAUUCAGAUUCCCCAUCCAGUGCUGGUUCCCGUGCCACAGCCGUAUCCUGUUCACGUUCCCGUGUCGCAGCCAGUGGCGGUGCCCGUUAUCAGGGAAAUCACCAUACCGAUUGAGAAGAUCGUCCCCUACCCGGUGGAAAAGAAGGUUCCAGUUCCGAUCGAAAAGCCGGUCCCGUACCCGGUGGAGAAACACAUCCCAGUGCACAUCCCGCAGCCGUACCCGGUCAAAGUACCCGUCGUUAAGACGAUCGUCCACAAAUUGAAACCUCCCCGUACGAUUGGUGUUGGAAGUGUCACUUUUUGAGCUGAUAGCAACAAAAGAGAAAAACAUAAGAAAAACCGGGGGGACGUUCCACAAAAUGCUAAUUACAUUCUUUUUUAUCAAAAGAAAUGGUGAAUGUUUUAUCAGCAUUAUUCUUGGUGAAUUGCUUUUAUUUGCGAGUUAGGUUAGGUUUAUAGACGCAUGAACAUUUUUGCUUAUGUUCACGGUUAUAUAAUGUUCUGUUGAAAAGCCCGGUGUGGCUAGUAAAUGAGUUAUCGUUUCAUAAUUACAUGCUUUAUUUCUCAACUGCUGGUUUGCGUUUCGUGACUGAUGAAAAGGUAAACAAAUUGAAACGGUUACCUAUUUAAGAGUUCCUUGUUUCCUCGUGCGAACGUUCAUUAGUGGUUACUGUCUGUUGAAAAAAUUUAAAACUUGCUUUCCUCUGUGCUACAUAUAAGCGCAUAUUUAUUUGUUUGGAAAGGUUUAAGUACUGCACAGAUUAUGGUUCGGUUCCUGCAAUAGUGUUAGUGUUGUAUGAUUUUAGACAAGAAAACUGUUGCUAGGUUUGUACGAUUUUUUUUAUUUAGGUAGUGCUGUACUUACUGGUGAUUAUUAGAGAGAAUUAUUUUAACGAGUGCGCUAAAUGCAUAGUUAUAUUUUAUCCGAAAUACUUGCAGUAUCGGCUUUAAAUAAUACGAUUUUUCAAGACAUGUUACUUGUAUUUAGAUAAUCAGAAAAUUAUUUUGAGUAACAUUAAUUCUUAUAUUGAAAAGCUCUUCUUUUAGUGUGAACUGCUCAAUCCGUUUCUUACCCUAUUUCAUAUUCAAAUAAUUUAGCGCUGUAUGAACCUUGUAUAUAUUUCCAAUAUCACGGAAAAACCAGCUAUUUAAUUCACGUUAGAAACUGCUUCAACCGUUUGAAAUUUCGAAAGGCAAACAUUAUGCAAAUAAAUGUCCCAGUGUAUAUCCUAAGCACAGCAGCGCAAAACAAUAAUCGGCCUGUUUACGUGCGUGCGAAGAAAAUUAUAGCGAAAACACAAACUAAAUUGAAUUCAUGUUUGAUCAAAUCAUUGGCCGUUUCUAACACGCUUACCUUCGUUUCCAGCUUCAUUCAUGCCUUACCAAAACUGCGUGUGUGGAAACGGCGCACACACAAAUCAAACUUCAUCUCGCUUACGUCCAGUGAAAAAAAGUCACGUACCCGUUACCCGUAGUCGGAAUGUAGCCAAUUCAAUUAUAACGCUUCGCCAUGUACGCCGUAUGACGUUUGUUUUAUUGUAUAGCUUACCACAGCCCGACCCGGCUCCGUCAAUGUGCUUCUCCAGGAUCAGCAAAAUUGAUAUAAAACCUCAGUUUCGCCGGGAUUUGGUACCACAAUAAAAUGUUCCCAGCGCCCAGAAAAUUGCCAAUCGAUUAAUAUUCUCUUUUUUUCCCCUCUCGGCGUGACAGGCGAAAAACACCACUGUCAGAGACGUGCCUUUAUUACAAUGCGUAGAAAUAUCAGUACCAGGGAGCGGAUUGGAUUGGAUACUUUUUUUUGCCCCACUAAUUUUAUUCUGCAUGUACAUGUACAGGAUCGCCAGCGGGGGCCCUGGCUGACGACAAAGAAAACUGUUGCUUUUCAUUUAGUCCGGUAAUGAUAGAAAAUUUGCCGUCGCACACAGGACUGGUUGUGAAUUCCCAAUGAGGCUGGAAUUUACAAAAAUGCGUUGCUUUCGGGGGGACACCCAAUCCUGCCCGGAAUAAUUCGAUUCCUUUCUGUUCUGCUGCUCCAGGAGGACGAGCGCAUGUAUUUUAGAUUUUUUCGCAUAAUAAAUCAUCUGUCAGUGGUA